AUGUUUGAGUGCAGAAUUGAUGGACAAUUUUUCAAAAAGCUGUUCGAAACGUUAAAGGAUAUCUGCACGGAAGUGAACUUGGAGUGUGACGAAAAUGGAAUAAAGAUGCAGUCGAUGGAUUGUAGCCAUGUGUCUCUGGUGGACCUGAACAUCAUGUCGGACUUUUUCCAGCACUACAGGUGUGACAAAAAUUGCGUGCUCGGCAUCAGCAUCAACUUCAUGCUGAAGAUCUUAUCCGUGAUCAAGGAAAAGUCUACUGUGUUCCUUUUCAAGGAGGACAACGACAAUGAAGCGGUGCUGAACAUAGGGAUAAUCGACGAAGAGGAGCAGUCCAGCACGGAAGACUCCCUCGAAAUACAAGUGAAGUUAAUUAACACACAGAAGGAGCAUUUGGAAAUUCCACAGUCUGAGUACCAUUGCCAAUGUACCAUGAAGUCCAAGAAAUUUCAGGAAUUUACAAGAUAUUUAAAUUCCAUAGGAGACAAUGUUUCGAUCUCCAUGAAGAAGGACACGAUGGUGUUAAGUACCACUGGGGCUGACAUAAAAGUUACUAAACAGUUUACAAAUGACAUGGCUGAUAUUUCCAUUAAUUGCACGAAGUCGGUUUCUCAAGAAUUUGCCACAAGAUAUUUGGUCAUGUUUUCUAGAGCAUCCUCUCUUUCGGAUGAGGUGUACAUUUCGCUGUCACCCAACAUCCCCGUGUCCAUCAGGUUUAACUUCAAACAACCCAUGACGGACCUGCAGGACAGCUCACACCUCACUUUUUUCCUGGCCCCUAAGAUUGGCGAGUACUAA